AUGACGGCCGUCGCAGCUAAUUCGAUCCGCACCCUCCUCGCCAGCAGCACCAUCGCUCAAACCCAAAUACUCAGACCUUAUUCUCCCUCUUAUAUUUACCGAUUUCCCCUUCUUCUCCACCGCAACUACCAUGGUCGCCGCCGCAUCCACUCCUCCCGUCGGAAUGUGGUGGAAAUUCUGGAGGAGAGGGGCCUCCUGGAGUCCCUCACCAGCGACGCCCUCCGCCGCCAGUCGGAGAUCAGAGUCUACUGCGGCUUCGACCCCACCGCCGAGAGCCUCCACCUCGGCAACCUCCUCGGGAUAAUCGUCCUCUCCUGGUUCCUCCGCUGCGGCCACCGCGCCGUCGCCCUAGUUGGCGGCGCCACCGGCCGCGUCGGCGACCCCUCCGGCAAGAGCCUGGAGCGGCCCGAGCUCGACCUCGCCUCCCUCGAGAGAAACGUCUCCGCCAUCUCCUCUACCGUCCGCAGCAUCCUGGAAAGGUCGGGUUCCUCGUCCGUUGCAAUCCUGAACAACUACGUCUGGUGGAAGGACGUGAAGCUGCUGGAUUUCCUGAGAGACGUGGGCCGGCACGCGAGGGUUGGGGCCAUGAUGUCUAAGGAAAGCGUGCGAAAGCGGCUCGAGUCCGAACAAGGUUUGAGCUACACCGAGUUCACGUACCAGCUGCUGCAGGGGUACGAUUUCCUGCAUCUCUUUAGAGACGAGGGCGUAAAUGUCCAAAUCGGCGGCAGUGACCAGUGGGGUAACAUCACCGCCGGCACUGACCUCAUUCGCCGGAUUAUGAAUACUUCUAAUGCUGCUGCCCCCGACGAACAGGGAGGAUCUGGUGGGGCGGCCUACGGACUCACAUUCCCUCUUCUCCUAAAGAGUGAUGGUACCAAGUUCGGUAAAUCCGAAGACGGCGCAAUUUGGCUGUCUCCUUCUCUAUUGUCCCCCUACCAGUUUUAUCAGUACUUUUUUUCCAUAUCCGAUGCUGAUGUAGUUAGGUUCCUCAAGAUUCUGACUUUUCUACCGAUGGACGAGAUUUCCUCGAUCGAGAAACAAAUGCACGAGGCGGGCUACGUGCCCAACACUGCCCAGCGUAGGCUUGCUGAGGAGGUGACUCUUUUUGUCCAUGGGGAGGAAGGGCUGAGUGAGGCGCUCAAGGCUACGCAGGCUCUGAGGCCCGGUGGGGCCGAUUCCAAAUUGGAUUGGAGGAGUAUAGAGGCUAUUGCUGAUGAUGUUCCCUCUUUUACUUUGGGGCGAGAUGAGGUUUUAAGCCUCUCGCUUUUGGAGCUUUCGGUAUCGACUGGUUUGAUUGAGAGUAAGUCGGCCGCUAGGCGUCUGCUCAAGCAGGGAGGUCUGUAUUUGAAUAAUCUCAGGAUUGAUAGUGAGGCCAAAAGGAUUGAACCGAAUGAUAUUGUGGAUGGAAGGGUGAUGCUUUUGUCUGCCGGGAAGAAGAAUAAGAUGAUUGUGCGGAUAUCGUCAUCUUGA